CGCCAAGAUGGCGGACCUGGAGGCGGUGCUGGCCGAUGUGAGCUACCUGAUGGCUAUGGAGAAGAGCAAGGCCACGCCGGCCGCGCGCGCCAGCAAGAAGAUCCUGCUGCCCGAGCCCAGCAUCCGCAGCGUCAUGCAGAAGUACCUGGAGGACCGGGGUGAGGUGGUCUUUGAAAAGAUCUUCUCCCAGAAGUUAGGGUACUUGCUCUUCCGAGACUUCUGUCUAAACCACUUGGAGGAAGCCAAGCCCCUGGUGGAGUUCUACGAGGAGAUCAAGAGAUAUGAGAAGUUGGAGACAGAGGAGGAGCGAUUGGUGAGGAGUCGGGAGAUCUUCGAUGUGUACAUCAUGAAGGAGCUUCUGGCCUGCUCACACCCCUUCUCAAAAAGUGCUACUGAGCACGUUCAGGGCCACCUGGUGAAGAAGCAGGUGCCACCAGACCUCUUCCAGCCCUAUAUAGAAGAGAUCUGUCAGAACCUCCGAGGGGAUGUGUUCCAGAAAUUCAUCGAGAGCGAUAAAUUCACACGGUUUUGCCAGUGGAAGAACGUGGAGCUCAACAUCCAUCUGACCAUGAACGACUUCAGCGUUCACCGCAUCAUUGGGCGAGGCGGCUUCGGCGAGGUCUAUGGGUGCCGGAAGGCCGACACGGGCAAGAUGUACGCCAUGAAGUGUCUGGACAAGAAGCGCAUCAAGAUGAAGCAGGGAGAGACACUGGCGCUAAACGAGCGAAUUAUGCUGUCCCUCGUCAGCACUGGGGACUGUCCCUUUAUCGUCUGCAUGUCCUAUGCGUUCCACACACCAGACAAACUCAGCUUCAUCCUUGACCUCAUGAACGGUGGAGACUUGCACUAUCACCUGUCCCAGCACGGGGUCUUCUCCGAAGCCGACAUGCGCUUCUACGCAGCCGAGAUCAUCCUGGGUCUGGAACACAUGCACAGCUGCUUUGUUGUCUAUCGAGACCUGAAGCCGGCCAACAUCCUUCUGGAUGAACAUGGCCACGUGCGCAUCUCGGACCUGGGCCUGGCCUGCGACUUCUCUAAGAAGAAGCCUCAUGCCAGCGUGGGCACCCACGGGUACAUGGCCCCCGAGGUUCUGCAGAAAGGUGUGGCCUACGACAGCAGCGCUGACUGGUUCUCCCUGGGCUGCAUGCUCUUCAAGCUGCUUCGGGGGCACAGCCCCUUUCGGCAGCACAAGACCAAAGACAAGCACGAGAUUGACCGCAUGACCUUGACAAUGGCUGUGGAGCUACCAGACUCCUUCUCCCCAGAACUCCGUUCCUUGCUGGAGGGGCUUCUGCAGCGAGAUGUCAACCGGAGACUAGGUUGCCUAGGCCGAGGGGCCCAGGAGGUGAAGGAGAGCCCCUUCUUCCGCUCCCUGGACUGGCAGAUGGUGUUUCUGCAGAAGUACCCUCCUCCGCUGAUCCCCCCACGAGGCGAGGUGAACGCGGCUGAUGCCUUUGACAUCGGCUCCUUUGAUGAGGAAGAUACAAAAGGGAUCAAGUUACUAGACAGCGACCAGGAGCUCUACCGCAACUUCCCCCUCACCAUCUCUGAGCGGUGGCAGCAAGAGGUGGCCGAGACUGUGUUCAACACCAUCAACACGGAGACAGAUCGGCUGGAGGCCCGCAAGAAGGCGAAAAACAAACAGCUAGGCCAUGAGGAGGACUACGCCCUGGGCAAGGACUGCAUCAUGCAUGGCUACAUGGCCAAGAUGGGGAACCCCUUCCUGACCCAGUGGCAGCGACGUUACUUCUACUUGUUCCCCAACCGACUGGAGUGGCGAGGCGAGGGCGAGGCCCCACAGAGCUUGCUUACCAUGGAGGAGAUCCAUUCGGUGGAGGAGACACAGAUCAAGGAACGGAAGUGUCUGCUGCUAAAGAUCCGUGGCGGGAAGCACUUUGUGCUGCAGUGUGACAGCGACCCUGAGCUGGUGCAGUGGAAGAAGGAGCUCCGAGAUGCCUACCGGGAGGCCCAGCAGCUGGUGCAGCGGGUACCCAAGAUGAAGAACAAGCCACGCUCGCCAGUUGUGGAGCUGAGCAAGGUGCCGCUGAUCCAGCGAGGCAGCGCCAACGGCCUCUGACCGCCUGCCCGCCCGCCCGCCUUUUAUAAACCUCUAAUUUAUUUUGUUGGAUUUUUAUUAUUUGUUUUCCCGCUAAGCGGAAAAAGGUUUUAUUUUGUAAUUAUUGUGAUUAUCCUGUGGCCCUAGCCUGGCCCAGCCCCGCCCCCGGGAGGGGCCCCCGCUUGCCUCUGCUCCUGCUACCACCCAUCCUGCUGCCCCCAGCCCUGAUCCCAUAGGGGUCACCCGCUUCCAGUGUCUUCCUGUGGAAGGAGAGCAGCGGCC